UGUUCAAAAGCUCUCUAGAGGAAUAAUUCCUUUGGCAAAUGGAGAUCUGCAGUCACCGAAGCCUCCUCCAUGGGCAUAUCCUCUUUGGAGCCAACAUCCAGCACAUCAUUUUGAUACUGAUAGAAUGUUGAAAAAUACAUCACAAGCUAUUGACCAGGUUAUGGCUCAAUUAUGGGAAGCUAAAGUAAAAAUUGUCCAUGUUAGCCUAUCCGUUGAGGAUCAAAAGGCUGUCAUGUCAAGACAUCGUGAAAAAAAUCAUCAUAUUUCUAACGGGGAUCUGAAUAAGGAAUUUGGAAAUGAUGAAAACGUGGAAAGGGUAAUAGUAAAUUUAUCAGCCAUUCCGGGGGUUAAAAUGAAAGAUGUAGUUGAUCAAGAAGCACCCCGUCGCAAGGAACAUCGUCGCGUUCCCAGCACGAUUGCCAUUGAGGAAGUAAAGGCAAAAGCUGCCUGUGGUCAGGCACCUCCUGGAGUCCACCUAAAGGGUGCUGGUCAAAAUUCACCUGAUCAGCAGUCAAAGGCAACAAAUGGAGUUCCUAAGCCAAGUGAUGCAUUAUCUGGUGAAUUGUGGGAGGUUAAGAAAGAAAGGAUACGCAAGUUGUCUCCAUACGGGAAAGUUUCUGGUUGGGACUUGCGCUCUGUAAGUUGUUUCCUUGAAAUUUCUCGUUAUGGUGUAUUCAAAUUAUGGGUGCUCAAGCAGAAUCUGAUACAGAUUCUCCUUAGUUCUCUAGGCCCAGAUUCAUAUUAUCAGAAUAAUUCAAGUUGGAUGAGUUCUUGGUGCACCGAAAAACCGCUCAUACGCGCCUUUAUUGCUCGUGGUGGGAUGGGACCUCGGUGCGGAACCUACGAUGAGGUAGGUAAUCACCUUAAGCCCCAUUUUGGAAUUCGUGGUGCACUGGAAAACCACUCAUACACGUCUUUAUUGCGCGUGGUGGGUGGGACCUCGCUGCAGCAACUACGACGAGGCGGGGUUACUUAUAAGUACCUGUACGCGGGGAAACAACUAUGUUUUUAUGCAUGUGCCCUGGCCAACCCCAUACAUGCCUUUAUUGCGCGUUGUGGGAACGAAGAACACGGCCGUGUUGUCUAA